ACUUGGUCCACAUUGUUUAAAAUUGCACUUCUACAGCUGAUAUUAGGUGACAACUAGGCUGUACAAGACUUUCUUCAUCAUAUUACAAUUUUUUUUGGUUGAAGUAGGCAAAACAUUUUUUGAAAUGCUGAUAAGAAAACUCCGCCAUUGUAAAGUGAAUUGUGUAAGAAUUUUCCUUUGCAUAGCUCUUACAGCUGUGACUCUUAUGCUGGUUAAGAACCACAACAAAACUCUGUUUUUUAGCAAGAGAAACUUGGAAUUGGAGGAAAACCAAGACCACGUGAACUGCACCAAAAUCAUUAAUGGGGACAUUGAGGAAAUUCAGAAUGCCAAAUUGGAGCUGAUCAGAGUGGACCAUAAGAAAAGGCACAUCUGGCUGACCGAAAAAGACUUCAUCAACAUGACAAGAGACUGCUACUCCUUUACUAGAGAUCGUAAAUAUAUCCUCUAUCCCCUUAGUCAGGAGGAGAGUGAAUUUCCUAUAGCCUAUUCAAUAGUGGUUCACCAUAAAAUUGACAUGCUGGAAAGACUUUUACGCAGCAUUUAUAUGCCUCAGAACUACUACUGCAUCCACUUUGAUAAAAAAUCUUCAGAAUCCUUUAUGGCCGCAGUGAAAGCAAUUGCCUCUUGUUUUGAAAAUGUUUUCAUUGCGUCCCAACUAGAGAAUGUGGUAUAUGCAUCAUGGACUCGAGUUCAGGCUGACCUAAACUGCAUGAAAGACUUGUAUGAUGGCAAUACACGGUGGAAGUACUUAAUAAAUCUUUGUGGUAUGGACUUCCCAAUGAAGACCAACAGGGAAAUAGUGCAAGUGCUGAAAGCAUUAAAGGGAGAGAACAGUCUUGAAAGUGAAAAGAUGCCUGGGAACAAAGAAUUCAGGUGGAAAAAACACUUUGAAAUAGCAAACGGUGGUAUUCAAAAAACAAAUAUUGAUAAAGAACCUCCACCUUUUCAAAUUCAAGUAUUUUCUGGCAGUGCCUACUUCAUUGUCAGUAGGGCAUUUGUUGGGCACGUUUUGGAAAAUGACAAUGCAAGAACAUUGCUUGAAUGGUCUAAGGAUACCUAUAGCCCAGAUGAAUUUUUGUGGGCUACCCUAAAUAGAAUUUCAGACGUGCCUGGCUCGGUUCCCGCAAAUAGUAAAUAUGAUGUAUCCGAUAUGAAUUCCAUAGCCAGAUUUGUGAAAUGGCAAUAUUGGGAAGGAGAUGUCGCCAAGGGUGCCCCAUAUCCUCCAUGCAGUGGGACCCAUAUCCGCUCAAUUUGUGUCUUCGGUGCUGGGGACUUGCAGUUCAUGUUGAAGCAGCACCACUUGUUUGCAAACAAAUUUGAUGUUGAUGUGGACCCCUCUGCUAUUCAAUGCCUGGAACAACAUUUAAGACACAAAGCUUUGUAUCCAAAUAGCUACACUUGAACAGUAUACAUAGUGCUGUAAUCCAGGAUUGUGUUGUGUUUUUUUUUGUUUUUUUCUCCAUUUGAUGUGACAAAUCGUCCUUGCACAUUGCAAGUAGUACUAGAUUAUAAUA